AUGGAUUCUACGGCACAAACCAACCUGAGCGCACUUAGCGGUGUCACUCUCUGUAAUGGAUGUGCCAAUGUGAUCCUCGACGACAGCAACGAGGACUUUAUCGAAGGCAAGGCACUCCACGACACUCAUGUAACUCUUAGAAACAAGAAUGAGGACAAGAGUAAUAUCGUAUGUCUCCGGCCUGCUUGUCAUUGGAAAGAUACACUACCAGAGUUACCCGGUCUGGCUAGUUCUGCACAGGCUGGUUGCGGCUUGUGUGGAUUCGUCCGAGAACACGUCAUCAAACGCGGCAGAGGACAGAGUAGAGACGUUCAUAUCAACGCCGGUUAUAUCUGGGGUGCUGAUAGAGACAUCUUUGGCACCACGGUCAACAACGAGGGGUUGGUCUUCUGGAGAUGUGAGGUUUACAAUCCCUCUCCACGAAAGUCCCUCGGGGCUUUGACUUUCAACAUCGAAACGAGCAGCGUUAUGCAGACUUGA